AUGUUUACUGAACAUUUGUUCUGUGAACAAAAAGGAGUUGUAUUGCGUUUAUAUUUUGUUGAUUUUGUUUUAUAUAUUCCUGUAAUGUAUCCAAAGAAUGUAUCCAAUAGACGAAUGUAUCCAAAGUACGAGCUCGAAAGCUUCAACUCCCGUGGUAUCUUCAUAUACGACAAGGAGUCGGUCGUGAUGAAGAAGUGGCAGAUCUUGGAGUUCGACGGGAAACCUUACUACGCUUUUGUACCUGAAGGUGAAAUACCGUUAUACGAGGAGGAUAUCCCGGAACAAGUGGACGAGAUAGAUCACGAAGAGUGCAAGGACCUCGUGAAAGUGGAGUGCUUUUACAACGAGGACCUGCCGUACGACUCCACGGACGAGAAGUUGUACGAAGAAGAGCAACUGUUGGACCCGAGUGCCGAGCAAAGGGACGAGGAGCAUGACGUCAAGCCCAUCAUCCUAAACGGCACCAUCGACGCUGACAACGACAAGGCGAUCGGGGACCUGUACCAAGUCAAGGUCCACGGCAGCAUGGUGACCAUAGAGAAGCUGAUGUCCAACGACAUGGACGAGAAGGUGGACCCGGUCGAGUUCCAACCCGAAGAGCAGGAGGAACAAGACGAAACGUACAACGAUCAAGAACAACUCGAACAAGUCGACCAGGUGGACCAGGGUGACCAGGAAGAACAGGUGGAGUACCUGGAAGAAGAGAUCCUGGAGUCCAUAAACAACCAUUCCUCCCCGACUAAGACUCGCAGAAAGGUGUCGAAGAACGCGGGUGGCGCGUUGAAGUGCAAGGUCUGCUCCGAGAUGUUCAGCUCUGCCAUAUCCUUCAGGAAGCACGUGGCGUGGACGCACAAGAAGAAGGUGUGCAUCCAGGAGGACGGUGCGUACAUAUGCGCCGUCUGCGAUUAUAGGACCCUGAAGAAGAGUCUGUUCGCCGCGCACCUGGAGAGAAAACACGAGACCUGGUCCAGGAAGCGGCCCAACAACAUGUUGUUCCCGUGCGCAGCUUGCGGGUUCGUGUGUAGAUCUAAGCAUUCGCUGCAGUCGCACUUCAUCAGGAAGCACACCGACCGGUACGAGCACCAGUGCAAGUUCUGCCCGAAGAAGUUCAAGGUGAAGGGUGAUUUGACUAACCACGUGCGGUUUCAUCAUAAAGAGAAGCCGAUCAAUUGCGACGUCUGCGGUAAACUGUGCCAGAACAGCGGCUCCCUUUACGUCCAUCAGAAGUGGGCGCACUAUAAGCCCAAGUACGAGUGCCACAUAUGCAAACGACGCAUGGUGACGCAGGAGAACCUGGACCAGCACCUGUUGACCCAGCACGAGAAGAGGGAGAAGAUCGUGUGCGCAGAAUGUGGAAAGACGUUCACGAAAAAGGACUCGUUCAAGAGGCACAUGGCGGUGCACACGGGAUGCAAACCACAUUCCUGCCUCAUCUGCAACAAACCCUUCGCCAGGAGGUCACAACUGCGUCAGCAUUUGCUCAUUCACACCGGCAAGAGACCCUUCGUGUGCGACAUUUGCGGCAAAGCGUUCACACAGAAACCGGGACUCAUCUGCCACAGGAAGACGCAUCCUGGACCACAUCCUCCGCUACCCGUCAUGCCCAUCGCGGAUAUCGUCAAGGAGUUCACCGAAGGAUAUGUGCAGGAAAUUAACGCGAGAGAGAGCGAGGAGAGAAUCGAGGAGGAGGCGUAG